ACGAUAUAGGUUGAUGACUCAUGCUCUUUGUUUUCUAAUUGCAAAAAAAUAUCAUAUACUUUGACAUGCUAAAAUUGUAGUUGAGCCUCGGAAAAACUCGUGGAAAAGAAGCUUCUUUUGACACUACAUAUAGCUAAGUGUGUUUCCCAUAUUUCCCAUCACAUUUCACAUAAACACACUCGAAUUCACUCCCAUUGCUUAUCCAUACUUUACAACCAAUUUAAAGUUAGCUCAGAAACAAUGGUUGCCAUCACCUAUGAUAUUGAGAUCCCAUCAUCAGUCCCAGCUGCGAAGAUGUUUAAGGCCGUGGUGCUUGACGCCGACACUCUCAUCCCCAAGAUCAUGCCUCAGGCCAUCAAGAGCGUCGAGAUAUUGGAAGGAGAUGGCGGUGUUGGGACUGUGAAGAUCAUCCACUUUGGGGAAGGGAGUCAGUAUAAGAGCGCUAAGCACCGUGUGGAGGCCAUCGACAAAGAGAACUUGACACACACCUACAGCAUCAUUGAUGGUGAUGCUCUUGCUGGAGUUCUUCAAUCCAUCACUUAUCACAUCAAAAUCGUCCCAACUGAAGAUGGAGGAAGCAUCUGCAAGAACAGGAGCAUUUACAACACCAAAGGCGACACUGAGAUUAAUGAGGAGAAGAUCAAAGAGGGGAAAGAGAAGGCCAUGGCUAUGUUCAAAGCCAUCGAGGCAUAUGUUCAAGCCAAUCCCGACUGUUAAUUAUAAGUUGAAAAACCUUCGUGAGUGAAUGAAUGAAUGAAUAAUGUGGUGUAACUGAAUAAGCUGUUUUUCUUGUAAUUGUGGUGAUUUAUUUUCUAAAUUGAACGUUACGUGUGGAAUGAUUUAUAAAAGUAAUAAGUUUGUUGUA